AUGUUCCAAAUUUUCCGCACAUCAUUCGUCCAGUUUGUUUGCAUAGUACUGGUGACAGGGAUCGGACACCCGAGCAUGACCAAGCCACAGGUGAUUCAGAAAGACCAGCCCAAAUCGUUCUUACAAAGGAGAUCUCAACACGAACAUAAGAAGCCAUUAAUAGCCGUUCAGCUGCAUUUGGUCGAGCCUGGCAUGAUGGAUGUUGACGAUAUAAGCACUGCUACAUCGUCGCUUGUACAGGAGGAAGGAAAUGAAGGCAAAGUGAACCCGGCGGUGCUGAUCGACAACAUAGACAAGAGCGAGAGGAAAGAGGAUGUGGCUCUGGAAGAUGUCAAUUAUAGACUUCCAGGUGCAACGCAGGAGCUCGAGAAGUUGUAUGCCAAGCUGGGGCAUCUCAUUAAUGGUGAUUCACAGGUGCCUGGUCUGAGCAAUUUUACGACGUCCUGCGACAUAUCCUGUCGCUCUGGUAUUUGGGCUCAGACAUCCACUGCCUUCCGAAAGAUGCUCGCUGCCUUCAUUGCCGUCGUCCUCGGCGAUACCGUUGCCAAUGUUGUCCGUCACUGUGGCGUUUCUAAGAAGACUGUGACAUCGUUUGCUGGAUUGGACGGUGAGAUUUUCAAUCUCUCCAACUCUACUGAUCGCCAACACCACUCCUACGGCUACGUUCAGUCAGAUGAGACCGCUUCCGGCCGGCGCAAGUGCUAUCGCGGUAGACGCCAACGCCAGUCUGGCUCCUUGUGGGUUCAGACUGUCGCUGGUAUAGAUCCUGAUAAUGGAAAGGAUGGAUGCCUGACUCAUGAAUGCCCAUAA